AAUUGGUGGGAUCUCUGUGGACAUGGCCGGGUUUUAAUGGAUAUCUAUCGCUCCAAAAAUUUUGAGGUUGGCACAUAGUAGUUUGUUAGUUUGGACAAUUUUAUUGGUGAAAUAAUCGAAAUUUUAUCAAUAAUAUAUCUGUAAAUGUUGCCAUAUUAUUAAGUAAAUAAAAUUUUUUUUUCGUCUUGUAAAAAAUUUUAAACGUCAAAAUUUUAUCUCUCUUGUAGUAAUUGACUUUAUUUUGUGACUCAGAAGCGGCUGUUUAUCAGUUUCAGAUAAAUCGACUGCAAUGGCUGAUUCGAGUGAUUUAGACCGACAAAUAGAACAAUUAAAAAAAUGUGAAAUAAUAAAAGAAGCUGAAGUAAAAGCAUUAUGUGCUAAAGCAAGAGAAAUUCUUAUAGAAGAAAGUAAUGUUCAACGAAUCGAUUCACCUGUUACCGUGUGCGGUGAUAUUCACGGUCAGUUUUAUGAUUUAAAAGAACUUUUCAAAGUUGGUGGCGAUGUGCCCGAAACAAAUUAUUUAUUUAUGGGAGAUUUUGUUGACAGAGGAUUUUACAGUGUUGAAACAUUCCUUCUUCUUUUGGCGUUAAAAGUACGUUAUCCAGAUCGAAUUACAUUAAUCCGUGGUAACCAUGAAUCACGACAAAUAACCCAAGUAUAUGGAUUUUAUGAUGAAUGCCUUCGUAAAUAUGGAAGUAUUACAGUAUGGCGGUAUUGCACUGAAAUAUUUGAUUAUUUAUCUUUAUCUGCUAUAAUCGAUGGAAAAAUAUUCUGCGUACAUGGUGGCCUUUCUCCAAGCAUUCAAACUUUAGAUCAAAUACGAACAAUAGACCGGAAACAAGAAGUUCCUCAUGAUGGACCAAUGUGUGAUUUGUUAUGGUCUGAUCCCGAAGAUACUCAAGGCUGGGGAGUUUCACCUAGAGGCGCUGGUUAUUUAUUUGGUAGUGAUGUUGUAGCACAAUUUAAUUCUGCAAAUGAUAUUGAUAUGAUAUGCAGAGCUCAUCAGCUGGUUAUGGAAGGAUACAAAUGGCAUUUUAAUGAAACAGUCCUCACUGUAUGGUCAGCUCCUAACUACUGUUAUCGAUGUGGAAAUGUUGCUGCUAUUUUAGAAUUAAAUGAACAUCUUCAACGAGACUUUACAAUAUUUGAAGCUGCGCCUCAAGAAAGUCGAGGUAUACCUAGUAAAAAGCCGCAAGCAGAUUAUUUCUUAUAAAAUUUGUGUGUCGAGUCUUUAAUAAAAUAUAUAAUUAAAUUUAUAAUAUUUCUCCAUUAUAUUGCCAAGUACUUUUGGUAAUAAGACCAUUUAAUUAUUCUUCAUUUAAACUAUUGUAUUAUCAUCGGAAAUAUCUUUUAUAAGCAUUAAUAAAAAACCAAAUAUGA